GAGAAGCAAAUCUCAUAGAGCACAAAAAUGAGCACAAAAAUGCAUGUUUUAGGCUUGUUGCUGUUGAUCCCAGUGGCCACCCACACCCGAGUCUUUAUCCCUGUGGACUGCAGUGACCUGUACGACAAAGGCUAUGGACACAGCGGAGUGCACAACAUUUACCCAGCAGGGCCACUGUCUCCUACACAAGUCUACUGCGACAUGGAUGAGGGGAAUGAAGGCAAAAAAUGGACAGUCAUUCAUAGAAGAAAAGAUGGUACUGUUAACUUUUACAGAGGCUGGGACCAGUAUAAAGCAGGUUUUGGACAGGCAUCUGGAGAAUACUGGUUAGGUCUGGAGACCAUUCACACUCUCACCUCGAGGAAGAACUAUGCACUGAGAGUUGAGAUGGAGGACUUUGAAGGAGCCAAAGUCUUUGCUCAUUACUCGUCCUUCUCGGUGGGUGCAGAGGAGGAGGGCUACAAGCUCAGUGUGAGUGGAUUUGUGGACGGUGGAGCUGGGGAUUCACUGAGUGACCAUAAUGGCUUCAAGUUUUCCACAUUUAACAAGGAUCAAGAUACUGGUGAUGCAAACUGUGCCAAGCACUACUUAGGAGCAUGGUGGUAUGGACAGUGCCACAGUUCCAAUCCCAAUGGGAUGUACCUCUGGGGCAGCUCUACCUAUGGACAAGGAAUCAACUGGUCCUCUUGGAAAGGGUAUGAAUACUCAAUGAAAGCCAUUGCAAUGAAAAUUAGACCAAGUGGACAUGAAUGAAAUAAUCACAUUUUG